GUUACUGCGUUGUUGUUCUUCCUGCUACACAGUCGUUCUUGUUAGCAUGGCAUACAGAGUUAUAUGAAUUCAAAGAUAUCAUUCGCUAAAUGUCUGCGUUAUUAAUUAUCCCCUGAAAGACACUCCCCCUGAUUCUUGAAGUGUUAGAUACAAAUGGACAAACAUGUCAGGAAAGUCCGGAAUCAAGACAUAAAUCCUUGCAUUGAAGAAAGUGAUGCCUCACAGAAAUGUUUGGACGCUUACAACUAUGAUAAGAACAUGUGUACUGCCGACUUCCAGAGAUACAAGAACUGUAGGAAAUAUUGGCACAACAUAAUGUUGAACAGGAGGAGAGAGGGUAUAAAACCUGUCAUGCCCACUGCUACAGAAAGGCAGGAGAUUCUCUCUGGUAUUGGAGGGAAGCCAUAUUGAGGGGUCACGAUGUGUAUACAGAGCCAUCAGGUGUUUGACAGACAUUCUGCUAAUGCUAAAACAAUGAACUGUAUAUCUGGGACUUUAUGUAAAGACUUAAGAAAAUAUGCAUGCAAACUGCUUUACUGUUUUUGUGAACAAUGUGAAAGCCCAGUAAAAAAAGUACCUCACCUCA